AUGGCCUCUGCGCCAGCCAGCGUGAGGGUCUCGGGCCCUCCAAACAGUAGCUUCCUCGUCGGCUACCCUGGCAUCUCGGCGACGUUGCCGCGCAUCGAGGGCAAGGUUGAAAUACGACCUGGUCAGGGUUUCUCCAUGCCAGUUCCCAUAUCAUUAGUACGAAUAUGUCUACAACGGCGCGAAACGAUACAUCCAGAUGCGGACAGCCUCACCAAGAGGCAUCUCGGAGCUCCUCGACGAGAGUCGACUGACGUGGUGGGCAAAGAGGUUCUGCUCUUCCGAUGCUCAACAGGAAAGGAGGCCGAGAGCGUAAUCGCCAUGGACCUGCCCUUUGUGCUCUUCAUACCCUUUGGCAGAGGGGGCGAAGAGACGAACCGCCGGAUACCCCCGGCCUCAUUACAGCUUCCUAGCCGGACCGCCGAGACGUACUACGAGCUGGUCGUGACCCUGCAGCAGGGUCACAGCAACCAGUACAAAUACAGCUUCCCGGUGCCCCUGCAGCGGUACGAUACGCUGUCAACUUUCGGAAUGUACAACAAGCCCGAGACCAAGCUUGUCACCACCGACAACAUUGUCCACCUUGGAAUCAACCUCCCGCGGUGGAGCUUUGGCCCCAGCGACCCCAUUACCGUAUACAUCAAGCUGUCGCCAAACAUUGACUGGAUGAGCAAAGCGAAGCGGGUGACAAUCGAAAAGAUCACACUCACAAUCGAGGAGGAAAUCACGUUUAAUCCGGAAGGCGACGAGCCAACUAAAAAGGUCAACAAGCUCUCGAAGCAGGUGCAAGCAGUCAAGAUGAAGAUGCCCGAGGCCGGGUACGCCACCAACAUCGGCCUGGUGUUUCCGUCAAAAGAUCUCCGAGAUCCGGACGGUAUCAUCAAGAGGGGCAAGCCGGCCUUUCCCCAAUACGAGGUCGCCACGUUCACCACCACGUCAAGUCUGUACAAGAUUGAGUUUUACGUCAGUAUCAAGGUUCAACUGAGUGGAGCGCGCGACGUGACGCUACGGCAGCCCAUUGUUAUCUGCCCGUUGGACCAACAAGCGUGCAAAGAAGAGAUGGAUGCCAUCGAGCAGGCAGCCAAAGACGCGGCGCUCGUCGACCCGAACAACCCCAUGCUACCAGCGCGAAACAUCAUUCUGGCCAACGACCGAGACUCUUUACGUGCUUUGGGGCUGUGCAUGGUUGGGGGUCAGAAGAAGCCCUUCAUCGACUGA